GCAGUGGCGCCCCAAGUGCAGCGAGAUACCACCUUAAGUUCCGUUCCCCUUUGAUGCUGUUCAAUGGUUAAUUGGUUCCAAUGAAAUGAAGUCAUGCUAUUGUGUGAAUGUUCACGUUGUUCUUCUUCUUGUUCUUCUUGUUCUUGCUAUGGUACUGGGCAACACCCCUAGUUUGUUGGGGCAAACCACCCAGGGCGUAGUGCUGUUGUUUUAUUGGCUGUUCCUCAGAUGUUGUAAUACCUGUUCCUUAAACUUAACGGGGUUAGCUUGAAGGGUGGUAGAGUAUGAUAAGUAUUCCAAUCGAUAGUAGUUCUUGGGAAAAAUGAAUAUUUGAGACAGUCUUUAUUAGUCUUAAUGGGUUUGUAUGAAUUUGGAUAAUUAUUUGGAUGUUGUUGUCCAUUGCAGGAAAAGAAGAUGCGGUCCCUCCUCCUCCUCCUUUGCGCCCUGACUGUGGGCACACUUGCCCUGACUCCCGCGGAGAUCCGGGAGUUCAAGGUCCGUGACGUUGUGGAACACAACACGGGUCUGAAGGGGGUCGUUACCGUGACUGAGGGUACUGACACCAUCACGAUCGUCAGCAAUGCUAUUCCCGACCACGCCACGCCAACCUACCCCAGACCAGGGAACUACUUCCCAAUCGUGCCUCAAAAUCUCCGGAUCACCUUACCAAAGAACCCACAAGUGGCUAACCAGACAACAUGCCUAAACAUGGGUGCCGUGGGCGUGGCAAUCAACGGCGUUCCCAUCUACAACCCCUUCUCCCUUGAAUGCCGUGAUGCCAGCGUGUACGAAACCCUGGACCAAUGUGACGGCCACCCCUCGCCACAGGGAGAGUACCAUUACCACAUCCACCCCGACUGCGUCUUCGACGGCACCAGCACUCACUCCCAGAUCGUCGGCGUCGCCGCGGACGGCUUCGCGAUCUACGGCCCGGUGGACGAGGACGGGAUCGUUCUGACUAACGCCGACCUGGACGAGUGCCAUGGCCGCAUGAAGGAUGGUGUGUACCGGUACCACGUCACCAACGAGUACCCCUACUUCAUGGCGUGUUACAAGGGCGUCGUCAGGCCCGAUAGUGGAGUAGACGAUGGUCAGUUUCAGUGCAUGUGCCCGAUUUACCCCGAUGGCACCAGCGACAUAGAAAACUCCGACCCGUACCCAUACCCUACCCCGCAAGAUCUUCCACCAGAUUUUCUCAACGACCUGCCCAAUGACCUGCAGCUGCUCAAUGGCCUGCAGCAGCUCCAUGACCUGCAUCAGCACAAUGGCCUGCAGCAGCUUGCAACUUCUGUCAGGAGCGCACCACUCCAGGAUAACCCAACUCAGCAGCAUCAGCAUCUGGGAGAAGGUGACACAGCACAGCCACAGUCGCUGCUGGAGGACACAGCACAGCCACAGCCGCUGACCCUGUACCAGAUCUGGCAGCAGCACCAACCUACCUGCCAGGAGUGGCAGCUGCAGCAGUGGAAGAACUUCGAGCGGGCGUUCCAGCACUGGCAGCAGCAACAGCAAUCGCUUCAUCGGCCGGCUACUGCUCAGGAUGCAGUCAAGAACACCCAGUUCCGACCACGGGCACCGUUCCCCUCUCAGUAACGUCAUGCAUGUUUGAAUGAAGAGGAAGGACACAUGUGUCAUUAGUUUUGAUUCCCUAGGACUAGUUCUAU